AUUAUCAAAACAACAUAAAAACAACAUGGACUCCAACCGCGUAAGGAAGUUGAGUAAAUCUCGACGAGUUUCUUCGUCCAGUGAUGAGGAUUCAGGGCCUUCCGUGCGUAAACUAUCCUCGGCAUCACAGAAAAAGAAAAAGCGUGUCACAGCAUUAGAGGAAACAGACUCGGACUGGGAUAAUGCUGAGGAUAUUGCAUUACAUACGGAGUCGAGAAGUUCUGAAAGACUAAACGAAAGAAAUUCAAGAUCCUUUCAGAUGCCAUCACGCGAUAGUAUCUGGAAUAGCAUUCCUUCAACUCCAACAUCCAAUAAAGCAAUAUAUCGCCUGAAGCCGAGGAGAGUUGUGAAGAGUUUCACCAAAAUAACCCACCGAUAUAACCAAGAUGUUUGUUACUCGGAAGAAGAUGAAUCGGAUACAGAUGAUUUUAUAGCCCCUGAUGGGAAAGUGUCAGAUAGCGAGGAAGACGACUCUGAUGGAAAAGUGUCAGAUAGCGAGGAAGACGACUCCAAUGGUAACAGGAAAUCACAUCAUCAGAAGAUACAAGGAGCUGUUAAAAGAGGAAGGCAUCACAGGAUAAGAGGCUAUCACCCUAAAAUACUUGAUACAGCUAGCAUGAGUAGCGAGUCUGACGUGGAAGGAAAAGCAGCAGAUGUAAAAAACCGUAAUAAUAGCACUGGACUGGUAAAGUAUGGUCGAGACAGACAUGGGGACACAUACUCAUCAGGUGUUGACAACUACAAACAAUGUGUCGAGACCUCUAGUGAGUGGAGGUCCAAGUCAGGUCGGGCAAAGCGGCAACACUCCCAGAUAGUGAGCAGCAGUGAUUCAGACCACAGCACUGGGACAUCAGCAAAUGAGUUACAACACUGUAGGAAUAGUGAUAUAGAAAAUGCCAAUACUAAUGUAGAAAAUAAAUGUCACAACAGCAUGGAAAUGACAGUGGAAAAUUCAAAGAAGCCAGGAGUUGUUCAAGCCCUGUUCAAAUCUCCAGUGCCUGCAUGUGGAGCAGGCACCUACAAAACAGACAGUGGUUCUGAACAUGAAUCUGACGACUGUUCUGACGACUGUUCUAACAGUGGUUCUGUCAGUAAUUCUACAAGUAAAUCGGAGAGUCCUUACAGUGAUUCAGACCAUGAAGCUCAGCAUGACUUCGAAAAUGUCAAGUCAAUACGUGCUAGGCAUCAAAUUCAGAAACAAGAAAGUGCCAAAAAGCAAAAGUUUGAAGCGUUUUUAGAAGCUAGAAGAAAAGUAAGUGCUUCAAAAAGAAAUUAAAAUAUACAAAUAUACAAUGUAAAAGGAAGUGUUGAUGUUAAAAAAAUCGGCACAUGUUCUAUUUUGUGCGUUUUAGUGAGAGUCAGUUAAUUUGAACAAAUAACUUAUUAAAACUACGCUUUCAUUUAAGCUGGACUGGAAGUAUAACUGCAGAGUCCCCUACACUUGUUAUAACUCUGAACACGUUGUACAAGCCGACAUGUUUAUUGCAAGAGGCUUUGAUGUCACCAGAUUCGAUGUAUACUUAAAAAUUUUGAGAUCAAAUGUAAUUUUCUUGUCACAUUUUAGAAUUUGUUCUUGUGCAUUUUGUUAUCAUUUUUUAUACAUUUUAUCGUCAGACUUUCGUUUUUUGUACAUUGCUUUUAGGGGAUAUUUCAUACUCAUUUGUUAAUAUUCAUCUCAUAUUGACGAGUAAAUGUAUUGUUGAAGGUCGCCAUCGUAUCUUCGUGAAAUCUCGUAAAUGUAAAGGUACAUGAAACGUAAUAAAAAAAAAUCCAUAAUAUAAAUGGCUUUCAAAUGAAGAAGUGCUUUAUAAGGUAUCUGCGCUAAAAAGAAUCUGAAACAGAACGUUUUGAAGAUGAAACUACUAGAAGUUUUUCUCUCUUAACAAUCAAGGACCUGUUUUACGGGUAUUGUUCACAUAAAAACAUAUUGUCUUUGUUUUAACAAUUUGAAUUCGAAGGGAAGCAAAUCCACACGUCUUCAAAAACGUCAUCAGCUAAUUUUCACAAACAAAUUGUGGUGUUCUGCGUCAUCACGUGUAUGCUCAUUUCAUCUUAUAGGCAAUGACCUGAACCCUUGUACACAGGUUAUCCUAUAAGGAAGAGAGUCAUUGAACUCUCAAUUAUGAAGGUGUCAUUUGAAAUAAUUGGUGACCUUUUAGACGUGUCGUACAUCUUGUCAAAGAAUCAAUCAGCCUUCACUUUUGUCUCUUGGAUGACCCUGGCUGCAAAGCUAGAACAGCUUGGUCAAAGAACAGUUUCUCAAAAUCCAUAUGUAAUUUGCCCUAUUUCUUUCUUCUUCAGUAUAUACUCAAAUUGCACAGAAUGCUCAUUAACUGUUUUGGGUUAAGAUAAAAACUGAUAUCUUUUGUAAUUAAGUGUUUCGGUCUUGGCAUUUCUCUGUCUAGUAUUCCAAAAACCUUUCAGUCUGUAGUACAAGCAUUGAAUAAAUCUAUAGUUCCAGUGUUCCUUCGUCCUGACCAUUUAAGUAGGGAACGUAUUUUCUAACGUUUUGAAGAUGAAACCACUAGUAGUCUUUUUCUUAACAAUCAAGGACCUGUUUUACGGAUCCUGUUCACAUAUAAAAUAUUGUCUUUGGUUUAACAAUAUGAAUUCAUUUCAUCUUAUUGACAAUGACUUAAACCCUUGUACACAGGUUAUCCUAUAAGGAAGAGAGUCAUUGAACUCUCAGUUAUGAAGUAGAUCAUCUGAAAUAAUUGAUGACCUUUUAGAAGUGUCGUACAUCUUAUCAAAGAAUCAUACGUAAUUUGACCCAUUUCUUUCUAACUACACAAAAUGCUCUUUUACUGUUUUUGGGUUAAGAUAAAGACUGGUAUCACUUAAUUAAGUGUUCCGCUCUUUUUUGCAUUUCCCUGCCUUGUGUUUCAAAAACCUUUCAUUCUGUAGUACAAGCAUUGAAUAUAUCUAUAAUUCCAGUGUUCCUUUGACCUGACCAUUUGAGUAGGGAACAUGUACUUUCACACAAUACUUUAUUCUCAGAAACAUAUUUUGGAGACAAAGUGACAGCCUUAAUAGAUGGUACCUAUAUUUAUAUAAAAAAAAGGUGCUGAUCAUAAGCUUCAGAGAAUGUCGUACGUUGGCCAGAAGCAGCGUAACUAAUUUAAAUUCAUGAGCACAGCUCUACCUGAUGGCUACAUUUUGGACACAGUAGGACCAUUCUCCGGAAGGCAAAAUAAAGCAAGCAUCACAAAAACAUCAUAGACAAGCUCACAUGGUCGAAGCAAGACGACAAUGUAGUCGUUGAUCGUGGUUUUAGAGAUGUCCUGCCAAUGUUAGAGGCAUCUGGUAUUAAUACCAGUAUGCACUCAUAUCUUAAGGCUGGUCAGAGACAACACUCUGAUCUGCAGGCUAACAUUGACAGAACAGUUACUAAAUCCUCGUGGAUUGUAGAGUCUUUUCAUGGCUGUCUUAAGCAUUGGAUAUUUUCAGAACCUCAAUUAACCGGAAACUGACAGAAAAUACAGAGGACUCGUGCAUCAAAUGUAGUUUCUACUUGCAAAAACAAACUGUUUGGCUCAAAUAGUUAAAAAGUUCCGACAAAGCUUGAAAUAAGUUGUUUUCUUGUGAAUCUAGAAUCUCCAGCUUGAAAACAAACUCAAAACCUCGCAUCAUUGGCUUCCUUCCUUUUUCCAAGUCUUUCAUUCGAACAUAUUUCAUACUCUUGCAUCUUGCAAAACAUUAUCUGUAAAUGUCAUCAGCUGUAAAACGGUGUCAAACUUUAAUAAAUAUAUAAAACCAAAGUAAUAAGCAAACGCACAAUCUCUGGAAUCUGAAUUCCAUUGAUAUUGCAAGAAAAUUGUCUUGGAAUUUGACAACUGAUUAGGCAGUAGAAUGACCAGCGUGAAAAGGAAUAAACCAACGAAUUUUUUCCAAACAUGUUCUCUGUUGAUAAGAUAUUCAUUCCAUCUAAACUGGAACAAAUAAGUUUUCAGUCAUAAUGAUUAGACUAUACACAUAUCCAUGAAUUCUGAUGCAUAGACCAUAUGGUUAUUUGAUCCCUUCUUUGAAUAUGUUCCACCACAUAUUUUGGAUUGAUAUUUUUGUCACUGGUAGUCAUGACCUCGUCCUAUAAUUAAAAUAUUUUUUGUAUACAGAAGUUAUUCUUGGAUGAACACACUUUCGACUGUUGAUUUGUCUGUAAAUAUCUGAUAACUCGCCAUAGCAAAAGACAUGUAUACUGCAGCAUAUAUGAUCCGUAGUUUUUGUUGCAUUAUAAAUGAUCCUUCAAUGCAUUGUUAGUUUGACAACAUUAGUCUUAUGGGGGAAAACUCCGGCUUUUUAAGAAUUUCAGGUUUAUGCUUCUACGAAAAACGAACCAAGUACUAAUUUGAAUUUUAAUGGGUGUUUUUGUUGUGACAAGGUUUAGGUAUACACCUCACCAAAAGAAAAUUGAAAUCAAAGGAGGGGCAAUUUUGGAAGCUCCCCUGCCCCCUUUCACAUAAAGGUUCCCCUUGGUCUCUAGUUAGCUCAUCUGUCCACGUGGCGCCGUUGUCGGUCCAUCAACUUUUCCUUGACACCGCGACUAGUUCUGAACGACUCAAUAGAUUUUGACUAAAUUUAGCCUCGAGCAUCAUUGAGCAAAUGGGACUUAUUUAUGUAUAAACAGAGGGUGUGGCUCCCCUAGGGGCAAAAGGGGAACUUGAGGUAAAUCUUUAAAAUUCUUCUCCUUCAGUUUGAGGGAGGGAGUUUAAUCAUCCUUUAAUCACUCUCUGUUAUUACAAGAUAAGUCCCUUUUAUCCAAAUGAUACUGUGGAAUGAAUUUGGUUAAAAUCCCUCCAAUCGUACUGAAGGAGAAGGACUUAAAAGAUUAACCUCAAGUUCACCUAUAAGGCCCUGCAUUGGAAAUUUGGAUACUGUAGCACUUUGUUCUUUGUUGUUUAUUUGUAUAUAUAAAUUUAUUUG